AGCUUACAUAAAGGGACAAGUGGAGCCCAAGAGGCCACAGUGCUCAUACUUACUGGGUUGGAGCACAGGGCACCCCGACAUCAUGAGUUGGUCCUUGCACCCCCGGAGUGUAAUUCUCCACCUCCACACGCUUUUAUUGCUCUCUUCAACCUGCCUGGCUUAUGUUGCCACCAGAGACAACUGCUGCAUCUUAGAUGAAAGAUUUGGUAGUUAUUGCCCGACUACAUGUGGAAUUGCAGAUUUCCUGUCUCAGUACCAGACAAAAGUAGACAAGGAUCUACAGUAUUUGGAAGACAUCUUAGGUCAAGUUGAAAACAGCACAUCAGAAGCCAAAGAACUGAUCAAAACAAUCCAAGUCAACUAUAAUCCUGACGGCCCAGCAAGACCAAAUAGUGUAGAAAGUGCUACUAAGAAUUCCAAGAAAGUAAUGGAAGAAAUUUUGCAAUUCGAAGAAUCAAUUAUGUCACAUACAUCAAGUAUUCGAUUUUUGCAGGACAUAUAUAAUUCAAAUAACCAGAAGAUCAUUACCCUGAAACAGAAAGUAGCCCAGCUUGAAGCACAGUGUCAGGAACCUUGCAAAGACACUGUGCAAAUACAUGAUGUAACAGGGAAAGAUUGUCAAGAUAUUGCCUAUAAGGGAGCCAAAGAGAGCGGGCUUUACUUUAUCAAACCUACGUCAGCUAAGCAGCAGUUUUUAGUCUACUGUGAAAUUGAUAGCUCUGGAAAUGGAUGGACUGUGCUUCAGAAGAGGCUUGAUGGCAGUGUGGAUUUCAAGAGAAACUGGAUUCAGUACAAAGAAGGGUUUGGACACCUGUCUCCUACUGGCACCACAGAGUUUUGGCUGGGAAAUGAGAAGAUUCAUUUGAUAAGCACACAGUCUGCCAUCCCAUAUGUAUUAAGAGUGCAGUUGGAGGAUUGGAAUGGCAAAACCAGUACCGCAGACUAUGCCAUGUUCAGGGUGGGACCUGAAAGUGACAAAUACCGCCUGACAUAUGCCUACUUCAUCGGUGGAGAUGCUGGAGAUGCAUUUGAUGGCUUUGAUUUCGGUGAUGAUUCUAGUGACAAGUUUUUCACAUCCCACAAUGGCAUGCAGUUCAGUACCUGGGACAAUGACAAUGAUAAGUUUGAUGGUAACUGUGCUGAACAGGAUGGAUCUGGUUGGUGGAUGAACAAGUGUCACGCCGGUCACCUCAAUGGGAACUAUUACCAAGGUGGCACUUACUCAAAAGCAUCUACUCCUAAUGGUUAUGAUAAUGGCAUUAUUUGGGCCACUUGGAAGUCUCGUUGGUAUUCCAUGAAGAAAACCACCAUGAAGAUAAUUCCAUUCAACAGACUCACCAUUGGAGAAGGGCAGCAGCACCACCUUGGGGGAGCCAAACAGGUCAGGCCGGAACACGAAGUUGAAAUAGAAUAUGACUGAAUCAUUUUACCCUGAGAAUUACUGUUCAUGUCUCAACCCACAACAUUUCAGAAACUUUUCUGACAGUUUCUUUUCAUUUUCUCUCACCAUAUUGAUCAAUUUUGUCUUGUAUUAAGAAUAUUAAACCUUAAAUGGAAAUUAUAAAUUAGUUUGGACUGUAUUCCCAAACUACUGAACUCAGAGUUAUUUAAAAUUUGUUUAUUUGAUGUGAUAACAUUUUGGCAUAUUUCCUAGGUGUAUAUGAAAUAAUUGCCUUUUUUUUUUUUUACAUUUUAAUGAUCACAUGCUGCUUUGUCUUGGUUAUGUUUAAAAAUUAUGUCUUAAAUAUUUUUAGUAUAUAUUAACUAAAUAGGAGUAAAUUCUAGCAUUUCAAAUGCCUAAGUAUUUUUACAUGUGUCUUAUCCUAAAUACUUUAUAUUUAAUUAUUUUUAAAUGGAGAGAAUUAUAUCUU